ACGGAGAAACGUCAGGAAGCCUCAAGUGGAGCCAAGGGGGAGGGGCAGCAGGAGUCGGAAGAAAAGUGGAGCUCUGCAAGCUUACAGACAAGGCCUGAAAGCACUGGCAGAAGCUUGCGGGCUGACUUCCCUUCUGCAAAGGCUGCCUUCCAACGGUGCCUGUCAUCGGCUGUCCUGUCCACACUCCCCUGGGGACGUGUGGAAACCAGCGUCCGCCAGAGCCCAGCAGCCAUGCAUGGAGCCCCUGGAAGACGCUGUUCACGCCGCGUCUCCAGCGCUUUCCCCGGCUCCUCUGACCGAGCACCCUCCCCCUCCACCGGGCUGCACCUCUGGAGGGGCCCACUCAAAAGCCACCUCUGUCACCGUCUUACGAAAACCUCCUCAGCCCCCAGCGGGGGAGAAACAAAACAGGCUCCAAACUCCAGAGUCCCUUCCUAGCCUGGCCCUUCCCCUCCCUGCUCCGUCACCAGCCUGGGAGAAAAUCCAGAAGGACCUGGGAGGGUCCCUAACUGUGGGCGGCCAGGGACCCUCCGGGGCCCCUCCGACUGGACAGGUGGGCAGGCCGCCUCUUCUGACCAUCACACGCAGGCUCAUGGGCGGAAGCUGGCAGAGCGGCACCGGAGUCGGGGCUGAGCGAGGCCGUCGAGGCUGGAAAGCAGGUUCCUCCACGGCCAGGACUGAGCCAAAGAAGGAGAGUCGGGCAGGGACCUCCCCAGACCCUGCUGUGGGGUAGCAGGCCUGGAGGGGAGCUCAGCCUCCCAGUCUCCCACAGCUCAAGGGGCCGGGGCUCUUGUGCAGGCCAAGGAAGCCCUUCUCUGGUACCUCACCUGGAGAUCCACACUGCCGGCCCCCUCCAGAACCCGUAAUGUGCCUGGGAGAGAUCCAGUGUCUCCAGGGUCCCGGAAAAGCACCUCUCCACCCACACAUUCGGCCGCAGCUGCCCAAGAGCCUAAGGAGCUGCGCCUUCCAACAAAGCUCGCGAGCCAGCUGGAGCUGCCAGGGAAGCUCCUGGCCCAGAAGCAGCCUCAAGGCCGUGCUGCCGGCAUGCUCCUUCAAGACCCUCCUACUCAUGGUCUCCAUGCCACGUGGUCUCCAGGCCAGGUGCCACAUGCCCUCCCAUCAAGGGCACGGAGGAGCCAGGGGCAGCAGCAGCCCAGGAGACCAAAACGGAAGGCCCCGUGGAAGAGUCAGCUUCCCCCGAUUGAGGAGAUGGAGGAGGAGAUGAGUCCCGGACCGGGAGGGGAUGAAGAAAGACUCGCAGGACCGAGGGCUUCCCAAGCCAGCAGGACGAGCCACCCUCCCCAGGUCGGGGGACUAGGAGACACCCUUGGGAGCAAAUGCCUCCAGCUUCUGCCACACAAGGCACCGGUCUUGCCAGAAGGCCGCUUCACUAAAGGCCUGAGCCGCUUUCUGCCAUGCCUAAGGCCCAGCAAGGAAGACCAAGAACCGGCAGAUCCCCUUCCAGAAGGCAAGCCUGCGGCAGCCACGCCCCACAGCCAGGAACCUGGCAGAAACAGCUCGGCCGUGGAUGGCAGGGCUCUGGAAGCUCAGCAGUCGGGGACGUCCUUUGGACGGGCCCUGCGAGAGAGACUGGGCCUUGGCCGAAGACUUCGUGCCUCCCUGUCAAGGCAACGCAAAGGCCGAUUUCUGGCCUGGCUAGCUGGGCUCUCCUGCUCCCACGGGGUUCCCUGCCUCCCACACCAACGAGAGUGAGGAUCCAUGACAGUCAGCAAGCCACCCGCAGGGGCCACGGCUGUCCUAACAAGAGUGAUUAGAGGAGACGCUGGCAUGGCAACUGGACCUUGCCACCCAGGGAGCCGCGGACUUUCCCACAAUAAACGUGUCUUUUUGGGACAGGUGGUGGCCUCUGUCUGUGCCCUUCU